CAUACCAAGCAUAGCCUGCGUGUCAGUGCAGUAGACCUACAGCUGGCUGUGAGGACGACUGACGCUACUUUUUCGCUUGUUUUUGUCGUUCUUUGUCUUUGCUAUAGCUUGACACACAUUUAGAGGGGAGAAAGAAAACACAUUGAAACCAGUUAAAACAACAGCGAGGCCACUUUUUUUUGUUUUGUUUUGCUAACGGGUUUUAAAAGAGACAUAAAGUUUGAGGCUGGGCCUUUUAGCUUUUUGACCGUAGCUUGGAAGGAGAAUUCAGGGAGAAGAAGCUGGUCUUUAUUUUUUUUAUUUUUUUGUUUUAAUGAAAGCUCGAUAAAUGCAUCUAACGAAGAUGGACCUGUUGAACUACCAGUACCUGGACAAAAUGAACAACAACAUCGGUAUCCUCUGCUAUGAAGGUGAAGCAGCAUUAAGAGGGGACCCCAGAUUCCAGUCCUUGUCCCUAUCCUCGUCUUCUUCCUCGUCAUCCUCUUCUUCCUCCAUCUCCAGCCACAGGACUGGCCCUCCUCCCAUCAGCCCCACCAAGAGGAAGCUGAGUGGGGACCAGGGAGACAGCGACAUGGAUGACAAUGAGCAUGUGGCUAAGAUGAGUCGCCUGUUUGUUGCACAGCUGAAACCAGCAGGAGACUAUCGUAACUCCCAUGUUCCUAAAGACCAUAGGAGGAGUCCCAGUGAGCGCAUGGUGGUGCCAGGUCCUCUGGGAGUCCAGGGCAACCUGUAUGGCCACACCCACCACCACCACCAUCAUCAUCUUCACCUGGCCACCUUAGCAGGCAUGGAUCAGCCUCUGGCACUUACCAAAAACAGCAUGGUGGAGACGGCACGCAGCAGCACAGCAGCUCUGGCCUCGAUGCCGCACACAGUCGGCGCAAUGGAACGGCAGCAGAACCGUCCAUCAGUGAUCACAUGUGCCGCAGCUAACAAUCGCAACUGCAACCUGUCCCAGUGUCCGGUCUCCCACAACGGCUGCUCCAACUUCACCAACAACUACAGAAGAAUCAACACCAAUACAGCCUGCGACCCUGUUAUUGAGGAACAUUUUCGUCGGAGCCUCGGGAAGAACUACAAAGAGCCCGAGCCCACUGCCACCAACUCCGUGUCCAUCACAGGCUCUGUGGACGACCAUUUCGCCAAGGCGCUGGGUGAGACCUGGCUGCAGAUCAAAAACAAGGGGAGUCCCUCGUCGUCCGGCAGCAGCCCGAACUCCCCCGACAGUCACAUGGUCAAUCACAACCACUCCCCCUCUGUAGUCUCUUGAAGAAAGAGAGGACAACACCCCCCCACCCCAUCCACUCUUCCAAUCAUCUCAGCUCCAAGAUCCGUGCUCCUGUCAUUCUGUCACCAGCAUCCCAGAGGGAAUGCCUGCCUGCUGGUCUGCUAACAACAGCCGAAACCCUGAAGCCUGCUCAUUCACUGUGGAUAACUUAAGCAAUAAAGACAUGCUCUCCUCCCCUCCAUUAUCUGCCAGAAAAACAAAAAGACUUGAUGUGGAACUCGACCGUAGCAUCAAAUCGCUCCUUUCCAGUCUCUCACCAUCCCUGCAUCGAUGGCUUGGAGCUGAGCAUGCGUCUGUAGUUUUAUGUAUAUAAAAAGAGAAGAAAGACUGUUUUAUUCACUUUCUUUUUUAACAGUAGUUCUGUGUACUGAUUUUUGUGUUAUGACAUGCCUGGUCUUUGAACGAAAAAUGAGAAACACCUUAGAAAACAAUCAUAAUCCACCAUGCCGUGCUACCAAAGAAACCUCAACUGAUGUUUUUUUUUCAGCGCCAACCUUUAAAAGCACACAUGCGCCCCCCCCCCACCCCAUCUCCUCCUCCUGUCUGCUGUAUCAGAGUUCUGGUAGCUUUGCCGUUUUAUGUGACCUUAGCUAAGAUCAACUCGGUCUGAUUUGCACUACUCCUUUAAAAGGUGACAUGUCAGGUUUGUAACUUGACUCUGUGGCUUAAAAAAGUGUAUUUUGAUGCAAUCAUGUCUUAUCUCACGUGUUGGAAACCUGCAUUGAUUUCUAAAGACCUCCUGUUUAAAGUCUACUAGAGAUUAGUUGACUUUGACGCGUGUGCAAUGUCUUGCAUAUGUUGUCACUUGUACAGAUGUUAAGCACUCCAUUGAAAUUGGGCAGCAGGAGCGUUUGGUCACCUGCUAGAAACUAGUUUAACCAUGAGAUCAUGGUGCUUCAUUUGGACAGAAGUUAAUUAUGGAAGGUGGGUGUUGCUGUUUUGAAGCUCAGCUUCUGAUCUGUGAUCAGUCUCCAGCAACACCUACCUGCAGAAUGUCAGUCUGCACUGAAAACCCUCUGUUGACAGAAGAGUGGUUUAAAUGGACCCAGUGUUGGAGGAGUCCAGAAAUGUGUCCACAUCAAGGUGUCAUGGAUACUGAGAGGGAGAAAAAAAGAAUUUGGUAAAUUUAUCUGUUUUGUAACUUUCUGAUGUGGUCAAAGAUUACGUGAAUAAUGUGAGAGCAUUGUCCAAAACACUGAUCUAGCUCCUGUAGAGUAAAUCAACCCUUUAAAUGCGAUUGCUAUCAAACGAACAAAGCGGGAAUUUGUUUCCUCCCCAUUGUCCUAACUGUUAGAAUCACUACCUGAAGGAGGAGUUUAAGGCCGGGCUCCACUGAACCUGCGUCUUUGAUGUGUUUCAAAGGCGUUAACUGUUGACACUGAUGAGGGGAUAGAUGACGCUGAACGUCACUUUGUGGUUUUCGAAAAUAAACGGGAGGGGGGGGGGGUUUAUCAUGAUCUCUUCAAACACACCUUUUGUUUCUGUGACUCUUUGAACAUCGGUGUUAGAAUUAUAUUUGACUAACACCCUGCUAUCUACGUCUCCCCCUCUUACAGACUGUGGUUUAUUAGAUUUCUAAUCAAUGCUUUUACAGGUGCAUGUAAUGUUUUUUUUUUUAUAACUGGUAUCUAUUAGGGUUUUUAGCAUUUCAAGCUCAACUAUUAACCUUUUUUUUUCAUUCAAAUGUUACUACUUUUGUUGUCAAAAACAGACUACCGAUGCUAUACACUCACUGCUGGGUCAGUUGUACUCAAUAUUGUUGUUUUUAUUAUACCUUUGUAUUUUUCUGUUUGUUUUUUUCAUUAAUAUUAGUGUGGUAACAAACAUCUAUAGUGGGACAGCCUCCGGACAGGCUCUGCUAAGUGACACAAGCUUUUCUUUCUUAAAACCUUCUCAGCCUACAUCUACUGUAAGGUCAUCAUGUUGGGUUUGGUUCUGCUGCUCUUUAUGGUUUCCAUAAGAUGUUGAUCAUUUGCUGGUACAGGACUUUACAGACUUCACAAGCUGACACACAAGUUGAUAGUCAUAGGGGCUUGGAUGCUUUUGGUGGUGCAGUGUCUUAAAAAUACAUUGCAUCUUAUUGACACUAAAGCGUUUAAACAGAAAACCUGGAAUUGGGCAACUUAAAAGCUUUCCAAGAUCAGCAGUUAAUCUGAAUUUACAUCAAUGCUGCAGCUCUUACUGCCUCCCUCACUAGACUUAUGUAAUUUAAUGCUUUCUUUAUAGAAGAACAUUAUUUCCUGCAGCCUAUAGUCAUCAAUGAUCUUCACUAAUACAGCCUGCACCAUGGUGGCAUACAUUCCUCCAUUUGGGAACUUAAUGUAGGUCUCAAUCAUGCCCUACAUCUCAGAGCGUGUUUCCUACACACUGCUUUCCUCUGCAGAUUUGCUUCAAACAAAAGGAACAGACUUUGCUUUGGUGCCAUAACAUUUUCUAACACUUUUAAAGUUUUUGCUUGAGAGACCUAGACCUAUAGUAGUUGUUUGGAGAAUCAUUUCAUGUCACAGAAUUAAUAGACAAUGAGGUUUAUUAUUUUUUUGCUUAGUGAUGAGUUUUUGGUAGCAAGUAAGGUGAUCCUACAAAGUUCCUAUAAAGGAAGGUGUUCUCUGGAUUGUCCACACAUUCCUGCAAUCAAAACAGAUUUGAUGAGGACAGUGUCCCAAGGGUUUGUUAGCUUAAAGAGAUCAUGAUCACUUUUACACGCUUUGACAAGGGAGGUGUGCCAGGCAGGCUGGGGUGACAAAGACUGAGCUGCAGGAGCUGUGCUUCUGUAAGCGUAAGGUGUGAGUCACAAGAUAUUUACCUUCCACCUAAAGACUGCAGUGCUGUGAAAAACCUGGUCCCCUUACAGAUUGCUUCUGUUUUGGCUAUGUGACACACUUUGUCAAUAUCUUAAUAUCAGACAGAAAAACCAGGGUGUAAUUUGUAGGAAUAAAGAUAAUGACACUCACCUGUUGGAAAUGAAUUAGUCUUUAAACCUACAACCUUUGAUGCUAACCAAUGGAUGAGCCUUUCAUCCAAACACUUCCAAAAGAUUUUAUUUUAUUUUUUACAAUUAUGCACUCUUGGAAUAAUGCAGAAUGCUUUUGACAUGGCGUACUCUGGCUAGUAGUUAGUAUUUAUGUUCGAUUUACCCCUGUUGUCUGUCUGAUAUUAAAAUUAAUUUGAUCUUAAACUUUUAAAUGUGACAAAAAAGCAGAAGAAUUCUGUAACGGGGUAAAUGUUUUUAUUCAGCACUGUAUUCAGGGUCUCAUGGCGAUCCCCAACCACCUUGCAAGAAAAUGUUGAGGGAAAGAGUGGAAGUCCAGAGAUUUUUAUUUAGUUUCUCAUCAUUUCACUACCACCCUGUAGGCAGGAGGUGUGGGCUUUGCUCGGGCUGGCACUCCCUACACUCUGUAGGAAAA